AUGCCAAAAAAGCAUUCAUAUGAUGCAAAUCUGAUGGAAUUAGCAAUACACGAAGUUAAAAAUAGUAACAUGUCUUACAGGGCUGCAGCUAAUAAAUAUGGGAUUCCAAAAUCCACAUUAGAAUUCAAAAUAAAAAAUCCAAGUCAUAAAAAUACAAGCGGCCCAUCUCCAGUACUUUCCACAAAAGAAGAAUAUGAACUUGUUGAGUGGUUAAAAGAGCUUGCGUCCCGUGGAUUUCCGAGAAAAAAGGAUGACAUAAUGCAUAGCGUCCAAAAAUUUUUAAUAGAAAAUCCUCGCCCUAAUCCAUUCAACAACAAUAGACCAGGCGAGUGUUGGUUCAAAGCAUUUCUAAAAAUACACCUAUCUAUUAAACAACAAACAAGUGAACCAGCUAGUGCGGCAAGUACUUGUGUGGCAGAAAAAGACAUACGGAACUGGUUCACCGAUAUAAAAAAGUACCUGGAUUCAAAGAAUAUUGGCAUGGAAGAUCCUUCCGGAGUCCACAAUUGCGACGAAACGGGCUUUCAAGUUUGCCCGAAUACGGCUAAGCUUAGCGUUGAAGUGAAAGGACCAAACAGGCAACAGCAAAGCGGGGCAGUGAAGCUGAAUAGGCGACCUGUUGAAUCAGCUUCAGUAUCUACCGUCCAACGUGCUAUUGCUGCCUUUCUCCUAAGCUUCGUACUUGAAGUGAAUGAAUUAAAUGAAGCAAUAGCAAGCGGGAAUUGA